AUGACUUGGAUCCCUCUUCUUACUAGGGCUGUUGAAGACAACGCGAACAACAAUCAAAUUGACAUCUUUGACCGAGUCAAGGCCGAAUACGAUGCGAAAAUUGCAGCAAAAGAAUCCCAUCCUAUUAAAAUAACCCUUCCGGAUGGUAAAGUCGUUGAAGGUGAAUCAUGGAAAACGACCUCUUAUAAAGUUGCAGCUUCAAUCAGCCAAGGACUUGCUGAUAAUUGCGUAGUGGCUAAGGUCAAUGGCGUUAUUAAAGACCUGGAUGAAGCGUUAACUGAAGAUUGUACUUUAGAAUUACUAAAAUUUGAUAAUGAAGAAGCUCAAAAAGUAUACUGGCAUUCCAGUGCGCAUAUCUUGGGUGAAGCUAUGGAGAGAUAUUUUGGUGGAUGUCUGUGCUAUGGACCACCGAUUGCUGAAGGAUUCUACUACGAUAUGUUUAUAGAAAAAAAUCAAGUAUCCGGUAACGAUUUCGAAAAAUUAGACACUAUCGUCAAAGCGAUUUUGAAAGACAAGCAGCCAUUCGUGAAGUUGGAAAUGAAGAAAGAAGAUUUACUUGAAAUGUUCAAGUAUAAUAAGUUCAAGGUCAGAAUUCUAGAAGAAAGAGUAAAAACGCCAACCACCACUGUUUACAGGUGCGGUCCAUUAAUCGAUUUAUGUCGUGGCCCUCAUGUAAGGCACACCGGUAAAAUUAAAGCCAUGACAUUGACUAAGAAUUCUUCCAGUUAUUGGGAAGGUAAUUGCGAAGCUGAAAGCCUGCAAAGAGUCUACGGAAUAUCAUUUCCAGAUAGCAAGCAAAUGAAAGAAUGGAAAAAAUUUCAGGAAGAAGCCGCAAAACGAGACCAUCGAAAAAUUGGCAGGGAUCAAGAAUUAUUCUUCUUUAGUGAACUUUCGCCUGGUAGCUGCUUCUUCUUACCCCGUGGUGCUCAUAUAUAUGGAAUUUUAAUGCAAUUAAUGAGGGAUCAGUACCGCAAAAGAGGAUUUCACGAAGUUUUAUCUCCAAAUAUUUAUAGCAGUAAAUUAUGGAUGACAUCGGGACACUGGCAACAUUACAAAGAUGACAUGUUUACCUUUGACGUUGAAAAAGACCAAUUUGGCUUAAAGCCAAUGAACUGCCCUGGCCAUUGUGUUAUGUUCUCACAUCGACCAAGAUCUUGGCGCGAGCUACCUCUUCGCUAUGCUGAAUUUGGUGUCCUUCAUCGUAAUGAACUCUCUGGUACUUUGUCAGGAUUGACAAGAGUUAGACGUUUUCAACAAGAUGAUGCUCAUAUUUUCUGUCGUGAUGAUCAAGUGAAAGAUGAGAUUAAGGGCUGCCUAGAUUUCUUAAAGUACAUCUACGACACGCUUGGUUUCCAAUUGAAACUUUUCUUGUCGACCCGACCUGAUGAAUUUAUGGGUGAAAUCGCAACUUGGGAUAGAGCAGAGCAACAACUUCGAGAAAGUUUAGAUGAAUUUGGCUUAAAGUGGGGUUUAAAAGAGAAGGAUGGUGCAUUUUAUGGUCCUAAGAUCGAUAUUCAAGUCUUGGAUGCACUACGUAGACCUCAUCAAUGUGCUACGAUUCAGCUUGACUUUCAGUUGCCGACACGAUUUAAUCUGACCUAUGUUGGGAAGAAUGGCGACGAUACAUUGCGACCCGUUAUCAUACACAGAGCUAUCUUAGGGUCAGUCGAACGAAUGAUAGCUGUUCUAUGUGAGAAUUUCGCUGGUAAAUGGCCGUUUUGGCUUUCACCAAGGCAAGCUAUGGUCAUUCCUGUGGCUGCGAAGUUCGACGAAUACGCACUUCAAGUUCGUGAUCAGUUACACAGUGCCGGUUUUUAUGUUGAUGUGGAUUUGGCACCUGGUGAUACUAUGAAUAAGAAAGUUAGGAAUGCUCAAUUAGCUCAAUACAAUUUCAGCAUGGUUGUAGGACAGAAGGAGUGCGAAAAUAAAAGCGUCAACGUGCGCUCCAGAAAUAACCAAGUUUAUGGCGAACAAACAAUUGUUAAAGUUAUUGAACGAUUUGAAGAACUCAAUAAGUCAAAAGCUGAUGAAGAUAAUUUUUAA